CCCCGUAUCUGUAUAGGGUUGCAACGAAGAACGAGCCAACUUUCCCCGGGCCGAAAACUGAUCGGGUGGUGCGGCCUCUCUCGCCUUUGAUUUACCCUUUCGCGCACCAAACACCAAACCCUCGCCGCCGCCGGCGCCGCCAUGCGGAUCCCCACGGAGACGGAGACGGAGACGGGGACGGGGGCACGGAUUCCCAGCCACAGGCGGCGCAAGGGAUCGUCCGACGGUUCGCGGGCCGUACACCGGCGCAAACCAACGCCGACCAAGGAGACGGAGAUUCCCGGCGGCCACGGGCGGCCGAAGCGGUCCUCCUCAGCCCUGUCGUUGGACGGCGCCGGCGACUCCAACCCAACCUGGGUGAUCCUGAAUCGGGUCGGUGCCCGGAGGGAUUCCUUCCGCGGCGACCGCACCACGUCGGUGGCCUCCCGCACCUCCGGCGGCAAGGAGAUCUCCGUCUCGUUCGAGCUCGCGCCGCCGCCGGAGACCUCCCUCCUCACCCUCGACUGGCCGCAAGGGCCCCGCCCGUCGGAGGGGACCACAUCCUACCCUUACGUCAUCGCGGCGCACGGCAACGUCGUGCUGCUCGAGAUCAUCUCCACCGCCAAGUGCCCUCGCCCCAUCGACAUCGACUACUUCGUCUACAAGGCCAAGCCCAACGGGGAACCCUCCUUGACGCGGCUGCCCGUUUGCUACUGGAAGGGGGCUUCGGGCAGAGACAAUCCUCGGCCACGCAUCAUGAGUAGGGUGGCCAUGGGUGUCCUGUCCUGCAGCAAGGAUUCGUUCGUUGUGGCCGAGAUGGAGAGAAGGUCAUACCAACCUUCUGCAGCUAACAUCUACAUGUUUUUCUCCGGCUCCGACGGCUGGAGAGUCUUCAGGGAUGUGCGGAUUGACCAUAUCAAUGGUGCCGGCUGGUGGUCAACUGAUGCAGUGUUAUCCUACCGCCGUCGCUACUUGAUCUGGGUGGACUACUUGAGAGGGAUGAUUGUUGCCAAAUUGGCACAUCCAGGAGGAGGAGACCCACAGGAGCCUGCUCUAUGGUAUGUACCGCUUCCGGUCGAUCCGGUUAUGGGGAACCCUUAUGACAGUGAGCGUGGGCGAGGAUGCCCUGAAGCUUCCCGUAAUGUGUGUGCCACCCACCAUGGCAUCAAGUUCGUCAAUAUCAUCAACCAAUGUGGUGGCAGUUUUAGCAUAACCCUGUGGUCGUGGUGCGAGGACGGAACAUGGAGAGAAGAUGCGACACUGGAUGCUGCCCAACUUUGGGACCUCGAUUGUGAAAACCGCCUUCCAAAUGUCCAACCAGAAUUCCCUAUUGUUGACAUGGAAAACCCUUACACCGUUUGCUUCUUGUUGAACGAGGGCAACUACAUUGUCCCUGAAGCCACAACAUGGAUGAUCAAGGUCCACAUGAAGAAGAAGAUUCUACUAGGUUGUACUAGUUAUUCUAAAAAUGGAAGCUUGUCUCAUCAGAACACCACCUACAUGACUGCCAGAAGGAUGUCUGAGAGACUCUCCUUUAUCUCCAGUGAAAUGCCAUAUUACCUGUCUGGACAAACCAUGAAAAGGAAGUUGAUAAACUAGGAAUAUAACUGGAGAUCGAGGAAUUGUCUUACCAGUUUGAAGAUUGGAUCCAUCAAACACUGUGUUUGCAAGAGCAAGUUCCCAACACUCCCCUCUCGUUUUCCACGCGCACGCUUUUUAAACUGCUAAACAAUAUGUUUUUUUAAAAAAAAGUUUCUAUACGAAAGUUGUUUUUUAAAAAAAUCAUAUUGAUCUAUUUUUGGAAAAAAAUAGCUAAAAUACUUAAUUAAUCACACGCUAAUAGAUUACUCCGUUUUCCGUGCGCACUGUGCAUGUUCCCAUCCUUCCCUAGGAUGUGAGCUCCUGCGUCUGCGUGCUACAGUAAGUUAUAGGCAAAAUUGGUUCGAUGCUAUAUAACCAAUUUUGUCAAUAAUAAAAAGGCUAAAAGUUUAUGCCAUAGCAAACGAAACAUGAA